UUGGACGUAAUGUGUUGCAUUGAAUAUUCAAGAGAACAACUGAGAAGUCCUCCAAAUUUUUGGUCCACAUAUCGGUCGGUGUAUCUCUGGAUUGGAAUGGUCGUUUCGCCAAUUCGGCAUUUGGCUACAUCUGCUUCUAUUUUAUCUUCCGUCUGUAUUUGUGACCAUGAAUAGUCGUACCUGACUCACCUGGUCCCCGACGUUCAGCAACCCUGGGAUACUUUGCUGAUUGCUAAUAUUCGAGCUGGGAGCGAAAAAUCAAACAUUUGAAGAUUUCCCUGAAGCGUUGUUGGAUUUGGUGCGCUGAAUCUAUUUGUAGUGGAUGUUCUCUCCUGAUCGCAGGGUCCCUGUGUGGCCGUGAACUAAUGUAAUCCAGAACUCGAUUCUACGUUAGCGGAGCGAGUCUUGGAAAGGGGAGAGAGAUGAGUGAUCACAGUACCUUCAUAGGUGUGGCGUCAGGCUCUGACAGUGUGAGCACAGGCAGUGGAGAUGCUGGCGGACAGGGCGUGAUGACAGAACGUGUCCAGGCACUGGCGAGCAGCGUGUAUCGAGAAUUUGCACAGGUGGUGAACCAGUAUGGCGAGGGCCCUGUCACCAGUCUUAUGCCCAUCGUUAUCACUGUGUUGGAGAGCUUGGACGGUGCGCUCAGUGACCUGCAGGACUCGCAGCGCGCUCUCGAUGAGGCCACGGACGACAACGAACAGCUGCAUGCACAGUACGAGAAAGAGAAGCAGAUACGCCGCGAGGAGCAGGCCAAGCGCAUGCGAAACGAGGACCACAACGAGGACGAGCGACGAGACCUUAAGCAGCAGCUGGAUCAGAUUGGCACGUACAAUCGUCAAUUGAAGUCACAGUUAAAUUCUACCAAGGAUCGUGCCGAUCGUGGCGAGGAGAAAAACGAGAAGCUGAAACACGAGGUGGUGGAGCUGCAGUUGAAGUACCGCCGUGCUACACACAUGUUACAACAACAGAAGAAUGUAUCUCUGGUCCGACCCCGAACAAGUUCAGGAGCACGCACCCUGGCCCGCACAGACUCUCCAGCCAGCAAUCUGAUGGAUCCGGCACACGUGGUGGAAGUGACGCCAUUCGAGAUUGCAACCCGCUCCGAGGGCAUGCCAACGCCUAUGUCCAGUGUGGAGCAUGGCGGUGGAGUCAUGUCCGCGACUAGCCGUCAUCAUCAUGUCGCUGAUGAACUCAUGGACUUCCAGCCGCACAUGGCAUCGAGCCCUAUGUCGUCCGACUCUGACCCUCAUCCUCUUCGCAGUGUGAUUUCUCCCAUCCCUGUACCAUUGCUCGCCACCGAAACAUCAGGCAACAUCACUGAGGAGCUGCAAGGGGUGAGCGAGGAGUCCCCUGAACCUGCAGAGGACAGCCUAGCGGCACACACGUCUGAAGGCACGUUGCAAGAAGUGCAUAGUCCCUCACCAGACAAAGGCGUAGAUGAUACUGUCGCAGAGCGGGACAAGGAGGAUAUGGCAACGUUAUCCGUUACAAGUAGCGGAGCGGCAGAGGAUGAGCCAUUGUCGAAUAUGGGUGAGAGUCUCGACGUGGAAUUGAUGCAAGCCAGCAAAAGUUUGGAGGAGGUGGAGGUGCAGGAAGCAAUUGAAGAGGAAGAGAGAGAGCAGGCCUCACCUGAAGACAAUGAGGGUGAUGUCCAGGAAUCAGCAGUUGAACCCGACCACUCUCCUGUAUCAGUGGAAGAGAAAACGGAGCUGCCGUCGCCCACAGCAGUGCCCGUACAAGAAGCCGAAGUCUCAUCGGAGAGAGACGUGACCAGCGAGGGCGAUAGACAAUCAAUCGUCUCUUCAGAUCACUUACCGCAGCGGGAAGUCAUGGAGGAAAUGCUGUCAUUGAGGAGCGAUGUCUCUCGUACCGGGUCUGUGAACCUUCAGGAGAUGGCCAUUGUUUCCGACACGGACGAUGUAUCAUCACAAGAGAGUGUGGUGUUGGACAUUGGUGCCGACGAUCUGGAGAUUGAGCGUCUCCUGGGCGAAGUGCGCCAUCUUGAGCAAGCUUCGGACCAGCUCAAGCGUGAGAAAGAAGAGAUGGCUAGUCAGUUGGAGCAACUAUUACAGGAACGGAGACUCUUACAGAGUCGAGCUGAGUCGUCACAACAGGAACGCAGCGAGAUGCAGACCAAACUGCGGGUGUUGGAGGCCGACCUGCAGGAACGAACUGACCGACUGGAGGAACUUGAGCGCGAGGAGCAAGCCAAUCAGGAGCCUUUGUUCCCCGGUGCCAAGGAUGAGGAAAACUGGACAGUGGCACAGAAGCGACAGUACUCUCGCGUGGAGAUGUCGCGCCUGCUGAGGGAGCGGAACGAGUUCAAGGAGCGCUACCUGUCGCUGAAGGAGCGACUUCAGAUCCUUCAGCAGCAGCUUCAGCAGCAGCAGGAAGAGCCCUCGUCGAAGAAGAAGGAGAAGACACUGUGGAAGAUGUUUUCUGACAUGUUCAAGGGAAAGGCAAAGUCGGCACCAACACCGCGUGGCUCUGUGGGCAAGUUCACGCCACUCAAGACAACAGAUGACGAGCCCGUUUCCAGCACGCCGUCAACAAGCAGUGUGCCAGGGGCUCUGACACUCGUCGGACGUCGCUUUGAGGCGUACGGCUGGAGCUUGCCGGAAGCCAUGGCACCCCAUAGCCUGCAGUCCUCUGUUGCUAGUGCGCUUCCUAAAGCUAAGGCGGGCGAGUUCAAUCGCCUGGACACUGUGCCCGUUUUGAUGCACUGCGGCCACCUGGUCACCGAGCCUCAAGAUCAGAUGACAUCAUUCAGCACCACGCGCACGUGGUGCGCAGCGGCCGUCUGCAGCACGGUGCAGUCCAACCCGUCGCUGCACCCCAGCGACACCGUGUGCCCCUCCAGCCUCAUGUGGGUGUGCACGGGUACCAGUGAGCUGUCGCGUGUCAACGUGCUCGACGCUAACAUGCCCGGUGAAGUGAUCGACUCGUUCCCAGUGUGCUCAUCGCCUAUUCUGUGUAUUGCGUCCGUUCCAGGAGUGGUUGAUGAUGAAAACAUUAUCCACAUAGCCAGUGCUACCGAGGAUAGCAGCGUACUCACACCCACUGAACUCGACCAGUAUCGCUAUCGUAGUCCCCAGCAAUCGCCGCCUCUGCAGAUUUCCCCGGAACACUUCACGGAGGCGAAGGGGAAGGGCAAGUCGGGCAAGUCUGCUGCGGGCCCCGUCACGCACAGGAACAGUCCACAGGAGAAGGUGAUCUCUCUCAGGGAAGCGUUUCAGGACAGUCCGAAACCAACCACCAGACGAGACCACAGCAAUAGCCUAAGCGGCGAGGCAAUGGCACGACCACGCCUGCGCCUGCCUACAAUGUGGAUGGGCGCUGAGUUUGGCUGCCUUUACAUCCACUCAGCCGUGUCCUGCUGGAGAAGCUGCCUGCAUGCCAUGAAGGUGGAAGCAUCGGUGUUGAGCAUCGUCUAUGCCGAGGGCAAGGUGUUUGUGGCAAUGGCUAACAGCAGCCUGGCAAUAUUCUCACGCACUGACAACGAGUGGGACUGGGAAGGCUACAAGGUCACGUACCUGGGUAAGGACCGGGACGUGCCGAUAUCGGUCAUGGUACCAGUCAAGCAUCGUGUGUGGUGCGGCGUCGCCAAUAAGGUCUACGUGGUCGAUGCCAGAACAAGCCAGGUUGAGACCCACUUUAAAGUGCAUCCCAGCUUACGAAGCCGUGUGUUGAGUCUUGUUACCAGUGGCGAUGGUGUCUGGGUGAGCGUGCGUCUGGACAGCACGCUGCGCUUGUUUCACGCCGACACCUUCCAGAAUCUACAGGAUGUUGAUGUGGCCAAGCCAAUUCAGACACUGCUGACAUUCCCGGGCAGCAAACGCAAGCCAUCGCCACGUAAUCUCGUGCGCAUCUCCACUCUACUGAUCAGCAACAAUUGCUUGUGGAUUGGUGCGUCCAAUGGUACCAUCAUAUCUAUGCCACUGACCAGCGAGAGACCUGUGGAAGGGCAUGAGACGCCACGAGGAACGGAUGUCAGCGCGUCUCUGCUGAACAGCUACUCAAUCGUUGGUGAAGAUGUGAUGGCAACAGGUGCGGAUGAUAGCAGCAUGGCAGUUGCUGUUGCUGAUGGUACCAGCAUGUUGAGUUUCCCCAGCAUUCCGUACCUGUCGCUGGACGCAUCUCGCCUGUCGUUUCACGGGCACAUUCACAACGUCGACGUGCUUGUUGCUACGCCAGGUGUCAUGGCAACAAGAACGGUGAAGGUAGUGACGGACGGCGCUAGUACACCCAAGCGUGUGUCCAGCGCCUCCGUCACGUUUGUCAUGAGUGUCGGUGGCGGUUACGUCGACUUCCGGUCAGACUCCACGUCACCGGCAACUGCGGCUAGUCAGGGUGCCCAGUCGGCUGAUCGCAAUCAUGUCAUUGUAUGGCAGGUCUCGCCGAACAACACCGACCUUCUGUAACUUGUCCUGGUUGGAUUGUGUCCGCUCCACAUCAUCGUAUUGACCAGUACUGUCAUACUGAUUAAAUCUUGUGCAUUCCUCCCCCCACCCUCCCCUACCCUGCACAAAACAUUUGCAGGGGCUCCCUAGAUUAUUUAAAAUGCAUCUGAGCAGAGAUUUUGAUUGUAUCUUCCACCAGAGAUUCUUCGUCACGACCAUUGUCCAUGUACGCUGUUACGUGUUAGAGUGAGCCUACGAAUAUUGUUCGUUUCAAGUGUGCAAGUUUUAGUUUUUGAUGUACCAUUCUUUACUGGAGAUGUUUUGGUGACCAUACAUUUUCUGUCACUUUUAGGCCUUUUUUUAAACUAUGGAUACAUCUGAGAUGAGAGAGUCUCUGUAGUGCCGAUGUCUAGCCUUGUCAUAAUUGUUAGCCUUAGAAGACCAGUUUACCGGCAAAAGUCAACGAUAAUAACUUAUCGCUCUUUGUAUCCGCAUCACCAGAGUAUUGCAGCUGUUACACAAACUAUGCCUGCAUGACUAUCAUGGUCCAGAAGACUGUUUGUCCUUGCCAUUGUGACCGGUGACAUUGGGAAUUUACUGCAAAAAGGAUAUUUCAAUGGUACAUGUGUUCUUUCCUUGGCCGCAGCAGAGGUUUGUGGUGGCACAUCCUUGAGAAUAUUAUCCAUUCAGCUGUGCACUGCGGAUGUUCUUGGGUUUUUUUGUCUUGCCCGAAUAUUUUUAUAAGCCCGAUCAUUGGAUGUCUUGCAUAGUGCAUAGUAGUAUUUUCGUCUCGUCUAGCACUGUUAGAUCGCAUGCGGUUUAGCUCUGGUUGUCACUCCAUGAAAUUAUAUGCGCUCUCCUUCUCAUCUCUAUCCUAGUCCUUCAAACAGCACUCUUUCUAUUUCUUUAGUUCCGGACGGGUUGCAAUAGAAGCCGUGUAGAGUCUUUGCUAUUGCUUUUUUCUGCCAUUGCAGUCUUGUUUACUACUCUGCGGUUGGCCUCUUUGUACAGUGAUGGUAACUUUUCAUGGGUUUUAGGAGCUGCACUUAUUGCAUGUGUGUUUUGCUAUUGUGAAUUUGUGAUGUUGGCAAGUCUGCAUGAGCCAGAAGGCUCAGCACAGAGA